CAGUUGCUCAGUUAUUAGUAAUUUACUGUACUGAUAAAUCCGUGUUAUAUUUUUAAUUUCCUGACAAACUCUCACUCGUACACUUGAAAUAUUUUUUUGUUAAAAUUACAUUUCGUAUGUUAGAAGUGACUUAAUCGAUAACUAUUUAAUACGUUUCAUUUCCAACGACUUAAUCAAUCAAUCCAUACGUCUCAAUCCACAACAGCUGUAUCAAAAAGUGGAUUUAUUAAAGUGAAUUAAUUUGUUAAAAAUAAUAAACUAGUAUAAGUGAAUUAUGAAUGACAUUUUGGGUGAACGUUCACGAAAAAGACGUUAUAAUCACGUAGAUACUGACAAUAGUUUAUUUGAUGGCGAGAAUUGCCAUAUUCCAAUUUGUAAACGUAUAAAACUAGAACAAUUUGAUGAUGAGGAAUCUGAAGAAAUACUUCAUACUCAAGAUUUGACAUAUUAUAAUUAUUUAUCUGAAUCUGAUGUUAAGCAAGAAAAUAUUUACGAUUACGACAAUAAUAUUGAUACUAGUGAUGACAAUAGAACAGAAACUUCUGAUAUUGAUGAAGGUAUUCAAAGUUAUUGCAGUGAAACUUAUAUUAAUAAAAGCUGUGAUAUACAAAAUGACAUUCGUAAUUGGGGAUCAACUUGUGGAGUUAAUGAUGAAGAUAUUAAUAAGCUUUUUGGUAUUUUAAAGGAUAAACAAGUUUUUUUUCGUAAUAAAUCUAUAAAUGAAUCAGAAGUUUCUGCGAAAUCCGCCACGAGUAGUGAGUUUGAAAAAAAAAUUUUAGAAGAAGUAAAAAAUAUAAAAAAUUAUCAAGAAGAAAAUUUCAACAAAUUAUUGAAUAAAAUAAAUAAUAAAUAUAUGGGAUUUGGUUCGGAAGAUGAAAUUCGACGCAACUGGUUUAGAGAAUACAAUUUAUUUUUGCCUAUGUCGACGACUGAAACGUUUGAUAAUUUCUGCAAAUUGCUGAAUCAAGUAAAAGAAUUUGAACAGAAAUUUAUGACUUUUGUUGAAGUGAUUGCUAAGCCGAAUGAACGACAUACUCUACCUCAAAAAAUUGGAGUGAUUUUAAAAAAAUUGAUUACUCGUGAAGUAGUUGUAAAACUCUGGGUAGUAAGAUCCAAGGAGGGUAAAGUUACUUUGUCUAACACAAAAUUUUAUGAUUGUUUACUAGAUUAUUUUAAACCACAACUCAAAGCUAAUAAAAAAAAACCGAGUCAAAUAAGAACAGAGUUUAAUGUGGCAUUGAGAUGUGCGAUUGCAAAUGCAAAAGAUUGGGGUAACAAGAAAGCUAAAAAUCGCCAAUCCCAGUAAUAAUAACUUUUAGAAGUUUUAAUUAAUUUAAACAAGACUUUAUCUUCAAAGAUGUUAAUAUCAAACUAUUUAUUCAUUUUUAUCUUUCAAUUUUGUUAUCUAAAGUGUUUAUUUUUUGUUAUUCUUACAAAGGAAAAAUGUUUGUUGAUUAUUGAAAGUAAAUAUAUGUAUUAUUUUUUAUUUUAAUGAAAUGAUUCGCGUAUACUUAAUGUUUAUAUUCUGCACAAAAAUAUGUUUAUCGUCUAUUAUAAUUAUCAAAUAUUUUU